AUGAGCGGCAGUGGGCUUGUCGCGAGCUCCCCGGUCUCUGAGGAAAGUGUCGCUUUUACGCCCUUGAAGCCCGUCGCGAUGGCGAGGGAAUGCACUGACGACAUGGCCGUCUUCGAGGACAUCAAACCGCCCGUACGAAUCCUGGAGAAUCAACAGGAUUUGUCCCAGGCACGGACCGAGAUGGACAAGUACCUCUCUGGCCAGAUGCCCCCCACCCCGACGGCGACGGACAAGAAGUAUCGGCGGGAAAGCGCCUCCGUGGUGGACGAGUAUUUCUCCACUGAAAAGCCUCCGUCGGCCCCGUACAGCGUCAACAUCAACGUGAUCCUUCCAGACACCACGCACUUACGCACGGGAAUCUACCGGCCGGCUAAGCCCCUGGUGCCUUUCCCCCAGAUCAAAAUGGAGCCCUGCUUUGCCCAGCCCUGCCCUGUCAGCAGUGGGCCGAUCCAGACCCUGCCGGACUUCACCAGCGUCUUCAGCGUGCCGCACUCUGUGGCCGCCAGUAGCAUCUUUGUCAAACAAGAGCUGCCCUGCCCUGAGGCUCCCCAUUCGAUCAGCCCGCAGCCAGGCCUGCUCUACCAGCUCUCGGGGGAGAUGAGCCCUGCGGCCUCCUCAACCUGUGGCGCCACGGCCUCCGGCAGCCUCCACGGGAUGGCCACGUCUACUGGCAGCUCCAUGCUGGACUCCAGGACUCUUGCCCGGCCCCUGCGGCCAGCAGGGCUGCUCAGGUCCUUCCCGUCGGGUUCCCAAGACCUCAGUGGUUUCAGUGUACCGGAGGAGUUCUACCCCGUCCCAGCAGUGAGCCUGCCCCCUUCGCCCCCAAAUUCCCAGCCCAGCAGCCCCGAGAACCGGCCUGAGCCGAUCAACACCAUUUCGCCUCCACCCCCCUACGAGGCCACGUUUGGACUCAAACUGGAGCCCCCGGAACACCUGGCCUCUGGGCCCAGCCCCAUCAAGGGCAUCACGCAGGGACACCUCAUCCUGCCGACCCCCAAGUUCAACCGGAGGAACAAUCCAGAACUGGAGAAGAGGAGGAUCCACCACUGUGACUAUCUCGGCUGCACCAAGGUUUACACCAAAAGCUCCCACCUGAAAGCUCACCAGAGGACUCACACAGGCGAGAAGCCCUACCGGUGCACCUGGGAAGGCUGCGACUGGCGUUUUGCUCGCUCGGAUGAACUCACCCGACACUACCGCAAGCACACCGGAGCCAAGCCCUUCAAGUGCCUGGCCUGCGGCCGGUGCUUCUCCCGCUCGGACCACCUGGCUCUGCACAUGAAGAGGCACCAGAACUAGGGCUGACGCACAGCAGCGUCUCUCCGGCAGAGCCCUCUCCCUGUGCCCACCCUUCCCUGCACAGACUGUGAUCAAAAGCCAGGCGCCCGGCCACCACUUCUGCCCUGCGGUGCCCAGGGAGGCAGGUUGAGCUGGCAACAGAAAAAGGCCUCCUCCACACUUGGGGGAAUCUCCAGGAAACACCUAUUAUUUAUUUCUGCAUGAAACCAGCAUGUCGACUCCUGGCCAAUAGCUGUGUUGAAAUCAGGCAAAGGGUGUAGAAUGGGAGGA